AUGUCAACAGCUCAGUUUGAAUCUAGUCCUUCUCAACACAUAUUCGAAGAAGCAGUUCGGAAUGGCGAUACCAUGACAGUGGUUAAGUUAUUGCAGAGUUCUAUGAACGGUCAUGUAAACGUGAACACGUUUGAUGCUGAGGGGCAAACAGCUUUGCACCAGAGCGUCAUUAACGGAAACUUUGAAGCCGUCAAACUCUUGGUUCAAUUUGGAGCAGAUGUAAGGCUAGCGAAUAAAGACGGAUGGAACGCUGUACACAUAGCAGCAUGGGGCGGACAUCAGGACAUUGCAUUAUUUUUACUUACAAAUGGAAAAAUGCAAAAAGUUAAAACGAAACAUCAUAAAAAGGAUGAUACCUGA